UCUUCUUUAAUCAGGAUUCUCCAUUACUGGGCCUCCAGCUCUUUCACGUAAGGUCGACCUUGGUUCCAUUUCAACGCAAACUGCUAUUGUGCUAUUCAAUCUUCAUCACGUAAUCGGAAACAGUGCGCCUUCAUCUUCUUUUCCUCUGCAUCACUCUGUUCAAUCCAUGCUCAGCCUCCCUAUGAAAUUGAAAAUCCAAUGGACUACACCACUGUGCCUGAAUUGCAGCCAAAUCCAAUGCCAGCACCCCUUUCUUCUUACCCACCUUCUGUAGCCGCUUAUUUUCCCCCAUCAUACCCUCCCCAUUACCAAUUAUACCUUCAAAACCCUAAUCCUUCUUCUGCAGAGCCUCAAUCUUCUAUUGGAACUCAAGGAUUUCAUGGUGGCACCGGUGCUGAACCUGGGGCGAACCCUCCUGGUGUUGUUGCUUCCUAUGCCCCCUUGACCUCCGAUUCAGUUAACCAUCUGACUCACGAAGCCCAUGCUGAUUACUCGUAUGCUCACAACCCUAUUGCAGAUUCUAGCUCCGGAUACUAUUUUGGCCCAAAUGCUCAGAAUUGGGCUGCUACGGAGGCUGUUAGGCAGUUCGGGGUGGACCCGGCUGGCUAUGGAGCAGCUAUCCCCGUGGCUUCAACUGGGUCGGAGCAAUUGGCUGCUGCAAAUACUAACUCUGUUUGGUGGGCUAACACCACGACCCAGCCUCAUGGAAAUGGAGCAUGGAAGAAACACCCGAAGAAACCAAAAACUAAGGUUGUCCAAUCUGCAUAUUGUGAAGUUUGCAAGGUAGAUUGUACCAGCAAAGAUGUUCUGGACCAGCAUAAGUUAGGAAAGAAGCACAAGAAGAACUUGGAGAAAUUAAAAGAAGCAUUAAGAGUGCCACAAGUUCCUGUUCCACCCGCGGUGCCACCUAAUCCUGUGAUAGGACCUCAACCGGAGGGAGACAAAAGCAAAUCUGGUGGUAAGAGUAAGAGUAAAAGGAAAGCGAUUGAAACACCAGAAGAUUUGGAGAAAAAGAAAAAGAAGGUUCUUGAAGGUGGGGCAGCCGCAGAAGCAGUUAAAAUAUGUACGAUUUGUAAUGUGGUCUGUAAUAGCGAGACGGUAUUUAAUUAUCACCUUGCAGGGCAAAAGCAUGCUGCUGUGAUGAAGAAACAAGCUUCUUUGCAAAAAUAAAUAAAUGCGAGCUGAUUACAAUUUUGAGUUA